AUGGACGGUACUCUUCUGAACCAUCUACGAUUCGCUGAUGACGUUGUCCUGAUUACCAGCACGCCACGGGAAGCUUCGGAGAUGCUAAAUCGUCUGGACCAGCAAGGAAGUUCAUACGGUUUAACGAUGAACACCUCAAAAACGAAAGUCAUGCGAAAUCAAUUCACUGGAGGUGCAACCGUAAUGCUGAAAGAGAACCCAAUAGAGGACGUUGAGGAAUACGUAUACCUCGGCAGCCUGCUGAACAUGAGGAAUGAUUUGAGUGGAGAGCUAGCGAGGCGCUGCAAGGCUGGAUGGGCAGCAUUCAACUCUAUAAAGAGCGUCGUGGAAGAUACAAAGAGUCGCAAACUCCGUGCAGACCUCUUCAAUACAACAACGUGCUCCGAGAAUGCUAUACCGGUGGUGUUUAGAAUCCAUUCGCCGCGCGAUUGGAGCAACUUUUGA